AUGUAUCCCUUUGAUCGGUAUCCGCCAUACAUCUCAGCUGGAGCUGUACUAAUGUCACACAACACUGUUGCUCACUUUUAUUUCGCACUACAAUUUAUCCAUUCGAUGAUAUCUACGCUGGAAUUCUUGCACAUUUGUUGCGAAUCCGUCCACGGCCAUAAUGAGGCCUUUGUAUUUUGGACUCGAUCUAUAAAUGCUGAUGAGUGGAAGCAUGGAAAUGUCUUGGCCGCACACGGUUAUUCACCUGAUCAAUUAAUCCUCGAGUACAACGCAUCGAUUCAUUCUGCAUAG